AGUCAGUCAUAAAAAUAGAGCUUUUGAAAUUGAAUUAAAAUAAAUUCACGUACAACUUCGUGCACUCGUUUUACAUCACAUAAAUUCAGUUCUAUUCGAAAUCGCUCAAUUGGCCGCGUUUCAAGAUUUCGGCCUCCUUCAAAAAUGAAUAGUCGGUCAAAAUGAUCAGUCAAUGUUUAUUGUUUUGAUUUCACAUUCGAGUUUUGAUAAGAAAAGUACAACAUUUUGAAUUAAUUUAGAUUUGUGUUACUCUUCGAAGCGUCAAAAUGACGCAUUUUAUUUCACGUAUUUAGUGUUCUAGUUAUUAUUACAUAUUGAAUUAUGGUGACUGCAUCACUCAACGAUCACGAGCCGCAAAUCGAUGUGGUGUUCGUGAUCGAGGCCACAUCUAUGAAUGGAACUUUUAUCAAUGAAUUGAAAUCGAGUUAUAUUCAACCGAUUCUCGAAUAUUUCAAUCAGGGACCAUUUGAGAACAAUGAGAUGUCUUGUGAUAAUCGAAAUAUUUUAUAUUCGGUAAUAUUGUAUCAUGCGGCCGAUAUCAAGCCAAAACCGUGUUGCCGAACGUUCGCUCAAGAACGAGAUCCCGGCUUCGUGAUCUCCAUUAUUGAAAAAGUCAAAUUAUGCGGUGGAAAAGCCCAAACUAACGCGAAUGUUACCGAAGGCUUGGCUACGUGUCUACAGUUUUUCGACGAUAUCGAAUCUACGCGAGAAGGAUGUCAGAAAUUUUGUAUUUUGAUUUGCAGUUCUCCUCCUUACGCUAUAUCUGUUAUGGAGAAUCAUAAAUACGCCGGUAAUAGUUUAGAACAAUUGGCUACGCAGUUUCACGAGAAAAAUAUACUGGUGUCGAUAUUAUCUCCUCGUAAAAUUCCCGCUUUAUUCAAAUUGUACGAGAAAACUGGAGGUGAUUUGAAUCUCGCGUUGAGUAAAAAUUAUUCCAAGCACGCUCGUCAUUUAGUUUUAUUGCAAGGAUUCAGUUUGAAAGAACGAGCGGUUAGUCCUUCCAACGUUCCUGCCACUCAUAAUACCUUAUCGGUUGCGAGUCCGAAAUCAAAUCCUGUGAAUAUCGGAUCGCCUACGCCCGCUGUAAGCGUACCUUUCAGACAAGGCACUCCUCAGGCUCCGACUGGCCAAGUUCAGCACCAAAUGCCUACCGUCGAUAUAACCCAACCUCAGCAAAUGCAACCUCAACAGCAACAACCGCCGCAGCAGCAGCAACAACAACAACAACAAAUUCAAGUUCAGCAACAGCAGCAGCAGCAACAACAACAACAGCAGCAACCACAAGCUCAACCUCAACCGCCAACUCCUCAACAACAACAUCACUUACAGCAGCAGCAACAAGUCCAACAACAGCAACAACAGCAGCAGCAGCAGCAACAAGUCCAACAACAACAACAACAACAGCAAAGUGUGCAAAUGGCUCAGCAACAAAUGCAACACGCCGUCAAUCAAAAUCCUCAAAUGAUGUCGCCGCAUCCGUCUCAGAUCAACCCUAAUCAAUGCCAGAUACCGGGCAUGAAUCCGAGUUUCGCUCAACAGGGAAUGGGUUUUGGACGAGGUGGGCCUCAGCCGCAAGGCCGUUGGCCAAUGGCCGCUGGUCAACCCAGACCGUUUCAAAGUACGCCUCAGCAACCGAGCACGCUGAUUAGUCAGCUGAAACAGCCUCCUAAUGCGAUGCCGCCUCAGUUCCGGUUCGAUGGUCCUCAAAUAAGUCAUCAGUCAGUGAGUAUGAUGGCUCAAAAUCCACAACAAAUGCACCAGUUCCAAAGUCAGUUGCAACAGCAACAACAACAGCAACAGCAGCAGCAGCAACAACAACAACAAUUACAACAACAGCAGCAACAGCAACAACAACAACAACAGCAGCAGCAGCAGCAGCAGCAGCAACAACAACAAUUACGAAUGGCUGGGCCGAAUCCCAUGAUGGGUCAACAACACCCUGGCAUGGGCGGUAUGAUGGGUAAUCCGCAAGCAAUGAAUCCUCCACAAUCCGAGUUCCAACGACAGACUAUUUGGCGUGGAGUAUUGGAAUGGAACGACAAGCAAGCUAAGGAUGCCACCGAAGCCCUCAAGUCAGUUCCAUGCGCUGUCACUUCGAAUGCGAAAGAUGGCGAACCGGAAGUGAAAGUUGACAAUUGGCCACCGAAAUUAGUCAUGCAGCUUUUGCCCAAAGCAUUGAUAAGUAACAUAGGCGGAGUGUAUUUUAAAAAUUCUACGUCCGUGUUAUUUCAUCCGUCUCCUUGUCCAGCUUUAGACGCAUUAACCAAAGUGAUGAGUAGUAACUUUGCUGGUUGUGUGCAGUUCAAUAAUUCGAAUUCUCCAGAUUGCAAUUUAAAAGUGCUUAUUUUACUUUAUACGCCCGAUAAAAAAGUGUACCUCGGUUUCAUUCCAAAUGAUCAGACGGCGUUUGUUGAGCGACUUCGUAGCUUGAUACAGCAGCGUAAAAAUAAUCCGAAUAUGAGAAAAAUGCCGGGUGGUCCUCAAGGUUUGAGCACGACCGGAUCUCAAACUCCAGUUCCAGGUGAUAAUGUUCAAGGGCAGCCCGGUCAUAUGGGUGGAGGUAUGAUGCCCGUUGGCAAUAUGAAUAAUCCGAUGAAUGGACAGCAAUCUCAUAUGGGAGGCCUGAUGGUCGGCGGUAUACCUCACGGCGGUGUCAAUCCGGCAGAAGCCAUGAUGCAAACGCAAAACAACCAGCAAGCCAUGUUGCAUCAAAAUCCCAACCGAAUGAGCGUACCCCAAGGUCCGAUGGGUCUACGCGGCGCCGUAACAUCGCUCAACGCUCGUCCCACUCUCAACGAUAACUCGGUCGAGCUGCACAACCAGCAAUUAUCUCGGCAAGAAAACUUGGCCAGAAUUCACCAACUCAGGCAGACAUUGGCUGCGGCUCAACAGCAAGAGUUACAAUACCAGACUCAGUUAGAAGUGACUCAUCAGCCACCUUACGGUAGACAUCAGAUGGUCGGCAUGCAAAGACCGCAGCAACAGCCUCAACCUCAGCAGGUUCGUAAUAUUCACUCGAACGCUGUGCAAACCGCUUCGCAAGCUGCUGCCCAAUUCGACGAUGUUAAUAAUUUUGAAUUUAUGUAGAAUCGAAAAGAAGUUCGAAUGAAAUAUUUUUUUGUACCCGAGUGGAAAGUCGUUAUUUUUAUUAUUUUUUUUGUUACGUGUGUAUAUUUUUGUAACUAUGUCAGCAGUGAGAUUUUCGUGUGUAAAUUCUCAGUAAUAUAUUUUGUUGUACAAUAUGA